ACACUUGACACCAUCAAAAAAACACUUCAAGGAUUUUACCCAUAUCUGGAAAAAUCAAAAGAAAAAUCAGCACCAGAGUUUAGUACCAAACCUGUUGAUCUCAUUAAGAAACUUGAUUCAUUACUUGAGAGGGAUGAUUAUGACACGGAUCUUCAGUUUAUGGCAAAUGUUCAGGGCACCGUUGGGUCGCUAAAGGAUGGUCAUCUUUCUUUCUCAUCGGAUUGUUACGUGAGCCGAUUCGUAUUUACACAGCAAUUUUAUUUGUAUUCUACAAUUAAAAAUAACGAAACUCAGGUAAUCCAAGUCCUUGAAGACUUACUAGAUCCUAGUAACGAUGAGUGCGAAGUUACCAAAAUCGAUGAACGUCCAGCGAUGGAAGUCAUCACUGAAUUUGCAUAUACACUUCAAGAAUUUAGAGAUCUAGGAGUAGCAUUUAACAAUGCAUUAACUUCUUAUACUAUAAUUAAUGGAACAAAUAUUUCACCUAAUCCGCCACAAUUUACAAUACGAUCCAAUCUUCCUGAAAAAUCUGUCACUUCGUAUACGUUGAUUUGUACUGAAAAAAACUCUACGAUAACUGAAAAAACCAUCUCGAGAGAAUGGGUAGCGAUUGAUCAAAUGCCCGGAAUGUUUAAAGAUUCAAAUACAUAUUGGAAUAA